GCACUGAACAGUUCAGAAACAUUUCACAGAUUAUGAAGAUCCACGGCGGCAACUGCGCUACCGCUGUUCACACUGGCACGCUUUUACGCAACAGGUUCUUGGCUGAAUAGUUUAGAUUGCCCUGUGAUCGCUGGAGGAGAAACAAGAAGCAUGCUGUUUUGACUCUUUGGCUCCGAGCAGGAAAUCAACUCAUGGGAUGUAGCGGAUGCAGAGGCAGGUUCAACUCUGGGAAGGUUCUGUCCAAAGCGUCCUUGUUCUUUACCAUGCUCCUGAUCUGCUCCUAUUUCUUUUACUGCCUCAGCGGACUUUGUGACUCUGUCCCCAGGACUUUCUACCAGCAGGACAACUUCAUUGACUAUGAUUUUGCUGAUGAAUUACCGUCCCGUGUCUUCCCUGACGCGCACAACAGCACCGGGGUUCAGCAGGUGGACGCAGUCGAAUACGCGCAGCCAAGCAACAGCAUCCAGGUGUCCAACACGUUUGGGGUUAAGCGGUUCCCACAGGCGAUUAUCAUCGGCGUGAAAAAAGGUGGGACCCGGGCAUUACUGGAGUUUCUGCGCAUUCACCCGGACGUGAGAGCCGUGGGCUCAGAGCCGCACUUCUUUGACAGAUUUUACGACAAAGGACUAGCUUGGUACAGGAACUUAAUGCCACGGACCCUGGAUGGCCAGAUCACCAUGGAGAAGACCCCCAGCUACUUUGUCACUAAAGAAGCUCCAGCUCGGAUCUGCUCCAUGAACUGUCAAACCAAGCUCAUUGUGGUGGUGCGGGACCCUGUGACCAGAGCCAUAUCAGACUACACCCAAACUUUGACUAAGAACCCGGGACUCCCCUCAUUCCAGAGCCUGGCCUUUAAGAACUCCUCCAGCUCAGAGAUUGACACGACAUGGAGCGCGGUGCGGAUCGGCCUGUAUGCCAAACACAUGGACAGCUGGUUCCAGCACUUUGACCGUGAUCUCUUUCUCUUUGUGAGUGGAGAGAGGCUAGUGUCUGACCCCGCUGGGGAGAUGGGGAGGGUGCAGGACUUUCUGGGUCUGAAAAGAGUCGUAUCGGAUAAACAUUUUUAUUUCAAUGAAACCAAGGGUUUCCCAUGUCUCAAGAAGCCUGAGGGGAGCAGUAGGCCCCGCUGUCUGGGCAAGUCAAAAGGGAGACCCCAUCCCGAGAUUCCUACUGAGGUCCUACAAAGGCUUAGAGACUUCUACAGACCAUACAACCAGCUGUUUUAUGAAAUGAGCAAACAGAACUUUGGAUGGGACUAAUGGUGCUCAAUAUAUUUACAUUCAGGGUUCAUUUAUAAUUGAUCUCAGUGUUCUCAGGGACUUAGAGAGCAUAAUUGGAUGUUUUGAAAUCCAAUAACACAGCACAAAUCAACUGACAAUCGACACUGUCCAAUAAAGGCAAAACUUACAAGAUCAGCAGUUUUGCAGAUUGUCUGAUACAGCUGUCUAGCCUCACCAUAUGAC